CCCACACCCCCCACCAACACACACAUUGAAACGUGUACCCUUCAGCAUCCAGGGUUGGAGUUGGGGAGUGAUGUGCUACCACACAGAGGAGCAGGUGGAUGGAAUGUUGUCAACACAGACUCUCCUCCACCUCCAUGGCUCGCGCACGCACGCACACGGGGGAAACAGAGCUGUGUUAGGCCACAGUGGUAUUUGUGAGAAACUAUGGGACAACUACAUACACCACUGUAGUUUACUAUGGGACAGACUGCCACUGUAGGACAGCCUGUUAGGGCAUAUUAUUUCCAUGUCACAAAAAUGUGUGCCUGUGUGAUAGGUCUAUAGCUGGAGAGGGAGGGACAGAGGAUUGAAACCAAUCAAUCUCAUGAAUUACCUGACUGAUGAGCGGUUAAUGAAUGUUGGCUGUCACAUUAACAACUAUCUUGCCCCCUUACCCCUCACCUGCCCGCCCCCCCUCAGCUCUCUCCUCUCUCUCCAUCUCUUUCUAUCUCGCUUCUCCCACCUGCCCCUCCUCUCCCUUUUUCACCCCUUCCACACAGAUGCACCCCGCUGCCCAGCUCGACAGGAGCGAUGGGAUGUGUCAACUAGUGGAUGACACAGUCCUGGACCAUGUAAGGGAGCUGAAGGAUCAAUCUGCAGUGUUUCUACCAGAGCGAGAGACGGGAAGAGCGAGGGAAGAGGAGGAAGAUAGAGGAAUGGGCGUGGGGAAGAAUACCACCUCUAUGUCGAUGGAGGGGGGAAAGUAUGAGGAGGAGAACAAACAAAGUGCAGACUUCUACCCCAUUCCGGUGGUGGUGAACGGAGUGGAACAGGCCGCUGGAGAGCAGGACACUGAAGACACUGAGCUGAUGGCCAUCUACACUAAAGAGAACCAGGAAAGAGAGAAGAGUUCCAUGUCGGAGACGUUGGACAGUGCAGACAGUAUGGACGCCAGGAGAAUGGACAUGAUCUACACCAUCGAAGACACACCUCCCUGGUACCUGUGUAUAUUCCUGGGCUUACAGCACUACUUGACGUGUUUCAGUGGUACCAUCGCAGUGCCGUUCCUGCUAGCUGAAGCCAUGUGUGUAGGGUUUGACCAGUGGGCUACCAGUCAGCUCAUAGGAACUAUCUUCUUCUGUGUGGGAAUUACCACCCUGCUACAGACUACACUGGGCUGCAGGCUUCCUCUGUUCCAGGCGAGUGCAUUUGCCUUCCUGGCUCCUGCCAGAGCAAUCCUGUCACUAGACAAGUGGAAGUGCAACGCUACAGUGGUUCCGCCCAUGUUCAACGAAACCGAGCUGUUCAACACUGAACACAUCUGGCAUCCCCGAAUACGAGAGAUCCAGGGGGCUAUCAUUGUGUCGUCUCUGAUAGAGGUGUGUAUCGGCUUCCUGGGGCUUCCAGGGCUCCUGUUGAAAUACAUCGGCCCUCUGACCAUCACCCCAACCGUGGCCCUCAUCGGCCUUUCUGGCUUCCAGGCUGCAGGGGAGAGAGCAGGGAAACACUGGGGCAUCGCCAUGCUGACUAUAUUCCUGGUGUUGUUGUUCUCUCAGUAUGCGAGGAACGUACAGCUUCCUCUGCCCAUCUACAAGGCUAAGAAAGGUUGGACCUCUUAUAGAUUACAGCUCUUCAAGAUGUUCCCUAUCAUCAUGGCCAUCCUGGUGUCAUGGCUGAUCUGUUUCAUCUUCACUGUAACCAACGUUUUCCCGCCGGAGAAAGACAAGUACGGUUACUAUGCCCGCACUGACGCACGCCAGGGGAUACUGGCAGCUGCACCUUGGUUCAAGAUCCCCUACCCCUUUCAGUGGGGUGUUCCUACGGUAACAGCGGCAGGGGUGAUAGGUAUGUUCAGUGCCGUGGUCGCUAGCAUCAUCGAGUCCAUCGGGGACUACUACGCCUGUGCCCGACUCUCCUGUGCCCCCCCACCCCCUGUUCACGCCAUCAACAGGGGUAUAUUUAUGGAAGGUCUGUCCUGCGUGUUGGAUGGGCUGAUGGGGACAGGAAACGGCUCUACUUCCUCCAGUCCUAAUAUAGGUGUGCUGGGCAUCACAAAGGUAGGCAGCCGGCGUGUGAUCCAGUACGGUGCUGCUAUGAUGCUGCUGCUAGGGCUGGUGGGUAAAUUCAGUGCGUUGUUUGCCUCCCUGCCUGACCCUGUCCUGGGGGCGCUGUUCUGUACCCUGUUUGGGAUGAUCACAGCUGUGGGACUGUCCAACCUGCAGUUUGUAGACCUCAACUCCUCCAGGAACCUCUUUGUUUUGGGCUUCUCCAUCUUCUUUGGCCUGGUGCUGCCCAGCUAUCUCAAACAGAACCCUCUGGUCACUGGUAUAGUGUCGCUAGACCAGGUGUUGAACGUGCUCCUGACCACAGCCAUGUUCGUAGGGGGGUCAGUGGCAUUUGUGCUGGACAACACUAUCCCUGGUACCAGGGAGGAGCGAGGGAUCGGGAAGUUGAAGCGAGGGUCGGGACCCAGUGCUGCGGAGCUGGAGGGGAUGAGAACCUACGACCUCCCGUUUGGCAUGGACUUCCUGCGUCGUCACACUGUCUUCCAGUACUUCCCCAUCAGCCCCACCUUCAGUGGCUACCAGUGGAGCGCAAUCCGCAAGGCCUGCAGACGUAGGGGUGGACGGGGGGAGGCAGGGAAGGGAGCAGAGAUGGAGAGAGUCACAGAACCAGGGGAGAGCGGGGUAUAGCAGAUGGGGUGGAGGGGAGGGGGAAGGGAUGGAGCUUGGAACCAUGGGAGGAGAGGGAUGGGAGGGGUGGAGGUUUUUGGGUUGCGUCAGUGCAGUGUGACAUGCUCAACCCUGUCUUGUAUGUCUGUGUGUCUGUAGAACUCCCUGUUUAUGCCCUAUCCAUGCUGUUAUUAGCAUGUUAUAAUAGGUGACAUUAGCGUGUUAUAAUGUCCUUAUAGAGGAGGGUUCAGGUGGAGUUGCAACACUCUCUCUGGCUCUCGUCUCUACCUAGUAUGUGUGCAUAAGAGCAGUGUAUUAGACAGCCCCUUUAUUGAGGUCCCUGUCUUCCCAAUACAGUAUUUCUACUGGGUCAUCAAGUUAAAGCACUUAUUUUCAAGGUCAACCUGUCUACAUUCAUUCCAAGAAAUAAAAGGUUUCUUCUCAGCCGUUGAACCAAAAUACUCUUAAUAUAUUACACUCCCAGGGGCUCCGCGUGCGUUUGUGUGUGUGUGUAUGCCCACCCAUGACAUUGUGAUGGGGUUGUGUGUGUCACUUGCAUUGGCGCAUUCCCUGUUUAAGGACAGAGAUGGAUGGACAGUAUCUCAUUUACAACAAAAGUUUUUAAGCUGAAUCAUUGACACCUUACAGACCCAAUGAGAAUCAGACUAAGCUAAUCAGUCAGUCCUGUUUAGCAAACCUACACUGCCCACGGUGGUUAUGGGAAAUGUAGUCCUGUUGAAAGGGAACUGGAUGAAAGUUGGAGAGGCUUGAUGCAAAUUCACAUUAAACUAAUAAUUUGCCUGCACACUACAUUUACACACGCACACUAGCAAGCACAAGCUUAAUUGCAUGCAGAUAGGCAUGGUCAUGCAGAUAGUGUAGAUGCAAGUGGCUUGUCAAAUGGCAGACCUUAGCCAUGCAAAGUGAUUGAUCUUCGUUUCGCACUAUUAGUCGCAAGAGUUAAUGCACAGAAUGUUAGCUGAAACCUGCUCCUCUAAUUGGCUUCUACCCACAUAACACGGCCACACUUCAAACACAACAGAUCAGACAAUGUCAUCCACUGAACGAAGGGCUCUCAGUCCCGUAGCCCUAGACACUUCUCCUAGUGCCCUAGUCCUAGACACUUCUCCUAGUGCCCUAGUCCUAGACACUUCUCCUAGUGCCCUAGUCCUAGACACUUCUCGUAUCGCCCUAGUCCUAGACACUUCUCCUAGUGCCCCUAUGUCCUAGACACUUCUCGUAUCGCCCUAGUCCUAGACACUUCUCGUAUCGCCCUAGUCCUAGACACUUCUCGUUAUCGCCCUAGUCUAGACACUUCUCGUAUCGCCCUAGUCCUAGAACACUUCUCGUAUCGCCCUAGUCCUAGACACUUCUCCUAGUGCCCUAGUCCUAGACACUUCUCGUAUCGCCCUAGUCCUAGACACUUCUCGUAUCGCCCUAGACAUUUCUAAAUGACCUCUCAUAGAUCUGAAGGAGAAUGGAUGUCAGUAUCCUGGUAAAAGCUCAUUCUAGCCCUCUAAAGGGAUAGUUGAAGCUUGUACCACUGAUUACACCGGUCUGUUUCUUUCAAUCCAGCUGGUGCCAUGAAGAAGUGUCUAGGCCAGGGGUAAGAGCUAGGGCUGUGGACGAGGGCUUGAUUUUGGACUGGGAAUGUUGAUGUUCGCCCAGUCAGCUUGCAAGCCUUACUGUGUCAGUAUUAUCUUUAGCAUCGUUAACAAAUGCCACCAAAACCAGCUCUCUCCUGAACGCAUACACCCUCAACCAGCUGCUGUUAUUACAACUGGAAUUAAUACGACAUUUGAAGGUUGACUUAUAAACUGCUUAUAAGCCAUUAUUGCAUAAUUUAACUAGUAUUAACUGCUUACAAGUCAUUGUUGUAAGUAAGUUUUAUUAAAAUGUAACAUUUAUUAACAUGUAUUACCUGUAAGGACCUAUAAUCAUAAAUCAUGCUAAACAGACUAUACAAUGUAAUAGUUAAACUGUGUAACAAUGUUCAUGAGCAGUUCAUAAGGACACUUUCAAAAACUUUUUCACAUUUGUACUUUGUUUAGAGAGGCUACACCGAUUUAGCGCGAAGCAGAAUGCACUUAGUUAGCUAGUUGUGCGAUCACAACGUAGUUUUUGAAAUGCAGACCUUUUUCUAUUUCACUGAUGUUCUUCAUUUUGUUAUUGUGUUCGAUUCAUACUUAUUAGUCUAGUGUUUGUGAGCACAUUCAUGGUGGUAUAGGUGGUGUGACCACAGCCUGAGUGAAGAUCAUGCUAUGAUAAAGGCUUACAUGCAGAGUCACACCAGUGCAUGGUUUACAAAGGAAGGAAAUGGAGACGCUCCACAGAUUUAGCUAGGGAAAUUACCAGAAAGAUGCUUUGAAAUCUUUUGUACCCAGAUGCCUGACAAAGUGAGAAAUAGGGAGAGAAAAGAGGUGAUUUUUAUAGUACCAAUCCUCUCCCUGAUCGCUAUAGGCUCCCCUUCCCUCUGCUCUGUCCUACUCUGAUACAGGUGUCAGAGGUCUACACUACUGUUCUGUUCAAGUGAACACGUUGUUUGAUUUAGACACCAUAGCAUAGUCUUCAAGUUUAAUGGUUGUGGGGUAGAGAGUGUAUUUGAUGAUGUUUAUAGGGGUGUCCUGGGGGUAUUUGUUCACAAUGGCUCACAGACUACAAUCUUGUCCUGCACCUAUUGAUUCUGUCUAUUGAUCUAUUAUUAUUGUUAUGAUUGUUACUGGUGUCAUUAUUCGUGUUGUUGGCAUUGUUCACGUGUUUGGUUCUAUGUGCCUACCCCCCCACCCCCAAUCCCCUCUACAUCACUCACCUGCCUCACCCUCCCUUCUUCCAUCCUCACAUCAACUGUAGGAAUCUGCACCUCAACUUCAAAUACAACUUUAUUCAUAGUUCCUGUAACAUACAGUACAGGUCACACCUCACAAGUUGAAUGUCUUCUAAUGACUGACUACACAUUUAGUGGACCAGUAAAUAUCACUCUAAAGACUAUUYCCAGGUAGUGCGCCCUGACUGUGUGUGUUCACAUGUUUCAGAGCUGGGGUCAAGUUCAAGUCAAGAAUUCAAAAACUGAGUGUGCGUCAGAAAUGGCACCCUAUUCCCUAUAUAGUGCACUGUACUACAUAGAGGCUAGAGUGCCAUUUGUGACACAAUGAGUGUGAUUGACAUGGAGAUGACCCUCUGGAACCUCUGCUAUAUGUGUCUGGACUGGAGCGCUGUGUUUUACUGUGUGAGCCGUCAUCUAUAGAAAAUCCAUGGUUGAUUGUUGAGGUAGGGUUGAAUUGGGACUCCUCCUGGCCAGUAUAGUUGUCUAUUAUAAGCCUACAUAACAUAGUUAACUUAAAAAGAUGCACAGAUAUGCAUAAUGAUUGUGAUCUUUGCAGAACCAAAAUGCAAAAGAAGCACCUGUCCUUUCUUCAUUCUUUCUCAUCACCUAUUUCUCUUACUCUUCUCUUUGCUGCACCAAAACAAUGAGUGGCGAUAGUCACCGGUUCAGACAUAUAGAAAUGUAAACCAUUUUAAGUAACAUUUCAGAUUGACUUGAAUUUCUCAUUUGUUUUAUUUAUUUAUUUAUGAUUAGUAAGAAAGUCAGUGUUUAGUGGAAUGUAUGUGAAGCCAAUUUGUGUGCCUUAUGCACAUUGUCAGAAAUACAUUUAUCAGUUUUGAGUUUACUUGUUAGAGUUUACUGGCCCUAUUAGAAUGUUAUUCAGAUUUUCCACUGAGAUACUGAUAUUGUUAGGCAGCAGGUUGAAGUUACCUCUGGAUACUGAUCACAGAUCAGUUUAGUGUUUUCUCCCUUAAUGAGUAUGGUUAGAAUUUGUUGUGACUGGUCCUAUAUCUGUGCCUAAGGACAACUUAUACAACAAGCUCUAUGGAGGGAGAGGCUCCAGCGUGUACUCUUAGAACCUGGACAGAGAAAAGCAACAUUCUUACGAAAAUCAUAUAAUCACACAAGGUGCUCUUACAAUAAGUCAUUCCAUGCAUGUUAUAUUUUUAUGAAACCCCUUUUGAACUGGACAUGGCUCAGUUAGGGACCCGGGGUGAGAGGGCAGGCUAGAACAGGGGUUCUCAAACUUUUUAGGUCUUGGGACCCCUUUUAUGAUGCCAAAUUUAUCAGGGACCCCCCUCAUAAUCAGAACACAACUCGAGUGAGCUGAAAAUUUGCAUACAAGGAAGAACCAAAUCUUGAACCCUGGAAAGGAACAUUUUAAAGGCCCAUCUCUUGGCAUCAGAGUGAAAAUGUUGCCGUUUUUCAUGCAAAUUUCCUGCAAUUCUACACAUUUWGUCAUAGGGAAGAGAUUUUCUUGUUGCAGCUUUAAGCUAAUAUCCUGCAGUUCUAUACAUGUUGCCAUGCAUGUUUUUUGCUGUAGUUUUAAAGCUUAAAUUACAGUGCAUUUAUAUAUUUUUUGUAAUCAUUUUUGGGAAUAAAAGGAAGUAAUUGAUUUGAACAAAUUUACUGUGGAUACCAAUAUCCCUGUGAGCCUUCCAAACCCAUGUUGCCAAGGGGUAAGAACAUAAAUUAUAUAUUAAUGUUACAUUUUAUUAUAUUGUAUUACACCCUCAACUUAUUCCAUGGAUCACUUGGCCAAAAUCUGUUAGUAAUAUUCUUUUUUUAAUUUUUUUUAUAAUAAUAAUAAUAUUUAGUUUGAUAUGUUUUCAAAUCUGUUCACGGACCCCUUGCAGUACAGCCGGACCCCACUUUGAGAACCCCUGGUCUAGAAGACCUGUUCUAAUAGCAGGGUUCUGAGAACACCUUGAACAUUUUGCUCUAAACAGACUAACUAUAGUCAGAGUGUGGAGAGAAGAGGGUAGUCYAUGGUUUUGUACUGCAGCAUGCUUGAUUCUGCUUAGAUGGUGUUGUGACACAGUUUACCCAGUGAGAAAGUGUUCCCUUGUGGCUUCACAGGCCAUACUGCCUUUCUCUGCUCCGUAGAGCUAGGAAUAGGGGAUACGAUAGAUGGAAUAGACCAAACCUUCAACUUGCUGUCUUUUGAAAGGGGGAUGGAGAUGGGGAGUGGGACAGGAGGGGUGUAUUCUGCCACUUCUUGUGGUGAAAUAACUUUGUACACACACACAUGCAUAUUCUAUAAUGCAAUUUCUGUGACGUCACCACACGCUAAUGCAAUUAGCAGAGAUUUUUUUGUUGUUUCCUUCCCCCUUCCUCAUCAUCCUCCUACCCCCUCCUCCCCUCCACACCUGCAGUCUCCUCUCCGUUUUAGUGUACCUGUAUUCUCUAUUGAAAUGUCGAUGUUGUUGAAUGCAGAAAUAGACACUGGUUGGACCCAGGGCAAGGUUCACUGAUCUAAGGUCAGUUUUCCAUUCCUCCCGACCUAAUGAUUAAUGUUAGGAUUUGGGGCGGGUAAACUGUUCCUAGAUCGGUGUCAAAGGGCAUCUUCCACCCAAAGUGCUGAUCGGUACUUAGCUUGUUUUGACUUUGAUAUAUCUUUAGUUUGUAUUGCAUGGACCUCCUUGUUGCCGAUAGAAUCUUCUCACAGCAUGGAUAGUUAAAAAAAUAAAUAAUAAUAAUUAAAAAAGAAUUAUACCCCUAAAACUAUGUUAAAUAAUACUACAAUAUAAACCAGGGGUACAUCUGAAAUGGUUUACUAUUUCCCAUGUAGAGCACAACUGACUCUGGAAAGUAGGGGAGAGUAGGGUGUCAUUUGAGCAUCAGCCCAUAGCUCACCUCAUAUGAAGCCAAUGCCUCACCUCUGCAUGUGCUUUCUCACUUGAGGUCAGGAGGUGUAUGACUCAAAGAAAUCUAUCCCUUUCAGUUCUUUUGAAGGGGAAGCUACCUGAAGAAUAUGCUUUUUGUCUAUCUCGUGUUUUAUCUUUUCCAAUGUUUUUCUUGUUUUUUUUAUACAUAAUUUUUGUUUUUACAAAAAUGUUUGUAAGAAAAUAAAUCAUGCCUUUUAAACUUAAAUUGUCAUGCUGCAAUGCGCACCAUUUUUGUUACAUUUUUAUUUAAUAAAAAAAAAUAGAAAAUACAUUUUUGUUUCUAUUUCAAAUCUGUAGUUCGGUGGAAUAGUUUUGCUAGCUGGACAUUUUUUCAUAAUGUAUUUUUCUAACAUUGCUUCCUGUUAUCAAGUUAAUACAGUAUCAGUACAAAUUGAGGGAGCUGACUUUAAACAGAUGUAUAAAUAUAUAUUGAAUUGAGUACCAUGUGCUAAGAAACUUCUGGACCAGGCAUUGUGUAUACUAACAGUAGCAACAAAAUGUUAUAUUCUUUGUUCCUAAAGCUAUUUAAUAAGAUGUUACAGAAUGAA